AUGUGCUUGGUACUUCUUGUUGGUAUCUCCUUGUGUGCUGCGCGAGUUUGGUAUACGAGUGGGACGACGAUCGAGCGGAUGGAUCCUUUCAGUAAUCCUGUUGCGGCUGAGAAGGACCGUGUGGUGCGCUUUUUGUCGUAUGCUCUUGUGCAUGGCAUAUAUGGGAAGCUUUUGGUUUGGCCAAGCUUCCUUUGCUACGACUAUUCAUUCGAUGCAGUGCCACUGGUUCGAAGUUUGUCAGAUUGCCGUUUGCUCUUGCCAGUGAGCUGUUACCUCGGCUUUGCUCUUCUCACGACGCAGUCGCUGCAACUAUUAAGGAGAUGCGUGCAUACACACGACCAUGCUGUGCCUGUUGUUGGCAUUGCUAUAUUGAUACUCAGCUUUUUCCCAAUGUCGAAUGUACUUUUUCCCGUUGGUACCAUGGUUGCAGAGCGCCUUCUGUACAUACCGUCGGCUGGCUUUCUUAUUGCAGUUGUUGGCCUUGCACGACAUCGAGAAAACCAUACCGCUUGUAUCUUAGUCUUAGUCGUUGCAGGGCUGGUCCUAACACUUCUCACAGCGCAGCGAGUUGUUGAGUGGUCCAGCCCAGAAGCAAUCACCGUAGCUGAUGCUGCGAAGCAACUCCGUUCCACCCGAGUCCAAUACAAUUUGGCCACCCACCACCUAUCCAAUAAACGAUAUGAUGAGGCCUUUUCCUCGUUUGAGACUGUGAUGGCGCUAGAUCCAACUGACAGAGACUGCAUGCCUUUGUACCAUGCCGGUCAGAUUCAGAUCUACCGGGGAAACCACAAAGCAGCAGAAGAGCUUCUGGCCAGAGCAGUUGAAGGCCACUUCAGCCCACUCCUAGUGAAUGAGGAAGAAGUGUUUCAUGACUAUGGGCUGGCUCUGUGGUUUGCCGAGAGGCCCAAAGAUGCGAUUUUGAAUUUUGAAAAGAGCUUGUCAAUCAACGGAACCUUUUCGAAAGGUUUCAACAACUUGGGCUGUGCGUUGGGCCUAGGAGCCCUUCUAGGACGACUACCUCAAGAAGCGCUCGUGCAAGGUAUUCAGCAGUUGCAGGAGGCGGUGCAACUGAGCUCUGACAAUGUGCUCUACUGGCGGAACUUGGUGGCGUUGCUGCGCUUUGCCGGCCGCCCGGAGGCUGAAGUCGCUUGGAAGCAGCUUCUGACCUUGGACGCCAGCAACGCCGCGAAUCCACCAGAGGAUUGCAGUUGGGAAUUCGCCUUUCGAUGA